CAAACCUGAUUUAGUCAUUUCUGGGGAACAAUGGAGCGUAUAGCGUGUUUCAUACUUUUGGUUACCUAUUUCGUGGUACAGAGUAAUGGAUUAACUGAGGCCAACUAUUACACAUCGCCCAUGAAUAAGAUAUACUACAUAGAGCCACAAAAUAAGUAUAAUUGGUUUGGUUCUCUAACAGAAUGCACUCGCAUGAAUAUGAGCAUUAUAACUGUAGACAGUGCUGAAAAGACCAAGGAUCUCAAUGAUGUCAUAAAUACCAAUUUUAAAGAUGUAGAAAAACCCUUGCUUUAUAUAGGUGGCAGUGAUAUGGCUGAUAAUGGCAAAUACGUUUGGCACUCAACGGGCAAUGAGUUUGUUUAUACCAAUUGGGCUGAAUAUGAACCCAAUAAUUUCGAAGAUGAUGAGCAUUGUGUGCAUAUAGGUCUGUACAAUGAUGGCACCUGGAAUGAUGUGAAAUGCUCCUUAAAGCUUGGCUUUAUUUGUGAAGUAAAUAAAAAUGAGCCACAAUAAUUGAAAAAUAA